AUGAAUUUGUCAGAGAGAUUGACGUCAGUUGCCAAGGUAAGGAGAGGAACAUCCUCGGAGAACCAUGACAGCUACUCACUUUGUAAACAUUCGCUGCUACUCGGUCUUCGGGGAUGGGAGUAAAAAGGAGGGUUUGAAAGACACGUAUUUUUAGUUCAUUAAUCAUUUGAUAACUACCAUACAAAGGGAACUGCCUUUGUGAAUUGCCUCUUUGAAAGAGCGCAUUUUUAACUUUUGGUUAUCUUUAAUAUUUUUGCUUAUAUCGACUUAAGGGCAACAAAAUGCUAAAAUUGAGAAGUUUAAUUUAUAGCUUACGAAGGAGCAAGAGGAAUAAGUUCCUUCUCAAACAAUGCAGUUACACUAGGGGCCAACCGAAUAUGUCCUGGUGCAGAAGGGAAAAACGUUAUCAUCAUCAGUCGUAAAUGUUUCAAAGGGAAUUAGUACAUUAGUGCGAAUUUCCGAACUGGAAAAGCUUCACUACGAUUCGAUCAAGGAAGAUCAACUUUAACUUAAGAUUUUCACAAUCUCUUCUCGAAAUAAUGAAUGAAACUUGAAUGUAUGGUAAGAAGAUAAUAGUCUUAGAUUUUCUCCUCGAUGUAGGAACCGUAUAGUAUAUCUUUGCUUUGAGUUAUCAUUAUUAUUAUUUUUAACUAUUUUGUGUUGAAUCCGAUGUUACCUUCCUUUUGCAUCGCUCGUGGGUAUUACAGGUUCUCACAACGAGGAUGAGCCAAUUUUUGAUGCAGCCAGUUCGGAAGAACCGUAAAUUCCAAUUUGCAUGUUUGUGUCUCGACUCAACCAUCCCCUUUCUAAACCCUGCUCCGCGGUACCUGGUAUUGAAAAUUGUACUUCAAUGUUAGUUCCGGCCGAACUUUAGCGCACUCCGAGCGCCAAAUUUGAAACGAUGAUCAGCAAACCGAGGCCAAAACAAAGAAAAAGUGGCCAAAACUGUUCAGAGUGGCUCACGAUUUUCACGUUUUCGCUCUAACUGUACACUAAUUAUUAGUAUUAGCAUAUGGAUUUUGUAGAAAAGACGUCAGUAAAACAUAAAAAACCACUGCUGACUUUGUAGUCCUUGUAGAAGUUCUGGCUUUUACGCUUUGAAAAUCGGCCACAGUGACUUUUUUGUAUGGGAGGUCACCUUGGAGUCUAAAUAUUUGUUCGGAAGGUCACUUUAUUCAUGUGUCAGCAUAUGGAUAUGUUAUUUUGACUAUUAAGGAAGACUCUAUGAAAGUUUGGUACGAUUACGUUGUGUGGAAGUUCUGGCUUUUCGUCAAAUUCUGAAAGUACUCCUGUUCGUUUACGUUCGUAAAGAAUAAGGACACGCUCGACUUGGUUUGAAACUCCUGCCUGCAUAUUAAUGUUUUGAAACGGAUCUAAAUUUGAAUAAUUAUCUUAUACAAUGUUUCCUCAAUGUUUUUACAUGUUAACCGACACAAGAUUUCAAAAAGAAAUGUCAUACCAGGGGAGAAUAAUUAUUCUCUCUUGCAUUUACUUCACUUCCAUCGUUUUACAAAUAGAAACCGACGCAUGGAGUGCACAAACCCAUCGAGUAAAAGAGCGCGUCUUUAAUAUGAGCUGCUUUGACCGGUUCAACGAAACUGAAACGUAACGAUCAAACAAAACCAAGUGUUCUGCUCAUUUCUUUUGCUAUUUGACAACGCUUUUUUAUGUAUUGAGAGAGACUGUUUAGCCGUCGCACGCAGUCAGAUCAGUCAGAUCAUUCUAAGGGUAUUCAACAGACCGUUUCGUUGACAGCUAGCGAUUCUUUUACGGGAGUAGUCGGCUUUCCGAAAGCUUAUAUAUGAAUGUAUGAUUUUGGCUUUUCUGGGACCAAACGAACUGUCCGUAUUACAGAGGUGUCCGUAAGGAGAGGUUAGACUGUAUCUGCUUAAUCUGCAGCCAUCCGUAGCUAAAGGAAGUUAUCGACAGAUGACGUAAAUAUCCUUAGACCAAUCAAAGUUCGGCAAAAUAUUUUUUUAUCUUUUAAAACCUGCAUAAAAAUAUGAUCAUCUGAAGGCAGCUGUGAAGCAUUUUGUGGCUUACGGAGUCAAGUGGUUUAUCACUACUCUUACUAGGCGCCAUGUCUACUGAUAUGAUGCAGUUCGAUAUAUAUAUGCAAGAGCUCUAACCAGCUGCUACUAAUUCGGAAACCAAGAAGCAUAGUGUUAAGAACCUUUUGAACAGUAGAUUCACUUUCCGAUUGUGGCAAAUUCUCGUUUUUCUGUUCGUAAUGACAAUAAUUAAUAUAUAGAUUUAGCCAGGGCUAAAAGCAAAGCUCUCAUUAAUAAAUUUAUAAUUUAAAUCAAACAAUAAACUUGUGUUCCACAAAUCAGUUUACUUAAGGGCACAUUCAUGUGACUUUUGAGGGAAAGGCUAAGCGAUUUUAGAGUAAAAAAAAUCUUGCAUCGAGUUGAUAGCCUUAUAUGUACACCCAAAAAUAGUUUUCUGUCACAUUUAAGAGCAGUAAUGGCUUUUUGCGUUCGACAAGUUUACUUUAAAAAGUCUUGCCCACCGAAUCUGGGUGCAUGCAAACCAACCUUUUAUACUUUUUACAGCUAUUUCGAGAAAGGUUGUCGGAAGAAAUGUAAACGCGACAAUCCCGAAAGGUAAUAUGGGAUAUAAUCAAUACAGUGUUCCCUGACACUGUAGCUGUCGAACCUACUUUUGUUGCUUUCCUUUAGCACUCGCAAACAUACGUUCACGGCUUCUCGUGCAAUUCUUUCAAAUUUCUUUGAAAAACAGUGAACUCAAAACCACCCACAAUACCUUUUGGGGGUUGUCACGUGCACUUUUCCCGACAACCUUUCUCGAAAAAGCUGUAUACAUUACAUCUGAGGAGAAAGAGUUCUAUCAGGCGCUGUUUUUAUCAUACAGACUUCGUACAAAAUGCAGUAGUUCACAAUUUUUCAAGACAAAUUGCAUUCAUUCAAUUCAGGACCAUCAAAGCACGCGUUGACUUUUAGCGAAACCGUUCAAAAAAUUUCCAAAAUCAAGUAUACGGCCAAAACUUUUGACAAGCGCCAAAUUUGCGAAGAAAUUUUAAAAGAGUUACGCUUCCACAUGAUAAAGGAUUUAUUGUGUUUAUUUUUUAUUCAUGGUUUUAGAACGAUGUGUAAUCUUAAAAAGCGUUUGAUACGCGCGGCAUUUUGAGUACUCCUGCAAGCGAUGUUCAUGAACGACUGAAAACAAACGGCAAAGCGAUGAAAAUUGUACUUUUGAGACUACUAACAAUCAAUAAAGAAAUAUAAUUCGAUACAACAUUUACAGAGGUAACAAUUUUCAUUCACGAAAACAAAUGAGUAUUUAAGUGUCUCUAAGAAUCCUGAGUCUGUAAGCUUAAAGAUUAAGUUUAUGUUUUAAGCCGCCAGCUUCCCGGUGUUUGUUGUUUUCAAAGAUGAACUCGCGACAAGAAAAUCGCUCAAAGCUUUCUCUCUGCAGCCAAACUUAUAACUAAACAUUCUUCAGAAUUUUUUUUUUCUUUUCAUUCGCGGUGUAAUAUCGACUAAAGGCUUUUUAAAGUUCUGGCUUACAUCAAACCUCGUACUAGGUCAGAUCAGUGUCUCAUAUCUUAAUACAAAUGUGCAUAGACUAGCUUCAUAAACUGCGCUCGACUUCAUGAAAUUAGAUAUAAAUACAAUAAUUACUCAGGCUUACCAUAUUUCGAGAUGCAGCUCCUGCAAGCUAUCAAGUAACGCCAGGAUCGCUUGAGCCUUUAUAAUAGGCCAGUUGCACUAAGAGGUUACGUGACCAGUGCUUCCUUUAAACGAUGAAUUGGAAUCUUGCUGAUGCCAAAAAUUGACAGAGCACAUAAAAAUUAUCUUACACCCGAAAUUUGAGAGGAAAAGCAUUUAAGGGAGAUAUUUUAUGGCACUUUGAUUUUUCAACAAAGUAGUAUGAUUUGUAUUGGCCGCCAUGUUGGAGGGCAUACUCUUGCCCUCCAACAUGGCGGCCAAAACUACUUUUUGCUUAUUUCUUGCUUACAUCAUCUUUUCAACAUUUCCCUUGAACUUUAAGUGCAAAAUUUGUGUUCAGAAAGAGGUAAUUCAUAAUUUUAAAAUCACAUUUUGGUCACGUGACCAGCUACAAACUUACUCAUUUUAAGGAAACGGUGCGGGUUUGAAAAACCAAAUCACUAUUAUUUUGUUUAAGAUAUGACCCACUAAUCGUUUUUUGAAGGCAAAAUCAUAUAACUUUCAUUUUCAUAAAAACGAUGUAACAUGACCUCUUAGUGCAAAUGGCCUAUUCUCUUACGCAUCCAGCAAGGUGAAAAACAAAAACGAUGGCAUCCGAAAUCGGAUUUCCGACCUUGACAAGCGGCGAAUCUCACAACCAAAAAUUCAAUAAACAAACCAGCCAUGAAUAACAGAAGACUCUUGAUAGCGGCUGUAUUUCAUUUUGUACAUUUAGUGGAAAAAGACAGUUAAAAACAUCACAAGUUGACACAAAACUCUGUUAUCUUUGGCUGGCAAAGUAAACAAGUCGCAAGAUGCUGCAUAAAUUGUCCGUAUGAACUCACCUGUCAAAUUUUGACCAAUCAUAGCAUAAAAAUUGGACGUGAAGCGUGACCAACGCGUGACUAUGGUGAGAAAAGUGAAAAGUAUCUGUCUUCCCUACUUGCAUUUUUAAAUAACUGGCUGAAUUUUCGCGUCCGAGGUCAGUUUGAAAUAAAAUGUUAAAUAGUGCUAGGCCAUAGUGACAUAAACACAACAUAUUUCAUAUGAAUUUAAAAAAAUGAGCUUGCGAUCAUUUGAAAACUAGUAACUCGUCUUCGGAUAACUUCAAAAAAUACUCGACCUGGAUGGGUCGACACCUGAGCCCGCGAUACGGUCAGGUGAUACUGGUCAGCGGAUACCUUGUUUUGACAGCUGCCAAUUGAUCACAACAUUGAUGUGCAAUCAGUGGGCUCCCAAAGUAGCUAGAAAGUUAUGGGCUCCUGUAACAUUUUAAUUUUUUAUUAAUUAUUUUAGUGGCCUUAUCAUGAACGGGUUUAAAGUUAUAGAGGCGGGCCUGCGAAGGCCUCCUCAGACGCAGGAAGCAAAAAGUAAAUAUAUAAAGCCUGCACUUAUUAAAUAAGCAACUGGCUACGAAGCCAUUCAACCCAGAUAUUUUGGAAACGAUGCACCUCUUGUCUUAGUAAAUAUAGCAGCCGAACCAUUCUUGGAUGCAUUUCUAGUCAAUUUAGAGGACCUGAAUUCCAAUAUUACUUGGAGAGCAUGUUCUCUUAUUACGCCUGCACUUACGCUUAGGUGUUAAUUAACAGUUAAUGAAUGAGACUGAGUAUCUUAUGAAGAAUUAUGGAGAUCGAGGAUAACACCCUCCGAGAUCUCCAUAAUUCUUCAUAUGAUACGAAAGCCGAAUUCAAUAACUGUUUUAUUAUUCAUUCAAAAUAAUUCCUAGUUUAAAAACAUAGCUAAAACAUGCUUACCUCUAUCGAUCCAUCGAUGUUCAGUUCAUCUUCGAUAGUGUACGUUUAGGUUUGUCCAGCUCCACAAAUAUUCUCCAAAUAGCAGAUGUCGCCCUUCGAGUUGUCUUCUUGCUGUUCUUGCCAUGUUUUUAGCUAUUUUUUGGCCUAGUUAUUACUCUUGAAACGAGUGAAAUGUCCGCCAUUUUUUCAAAUUCACAACCAAAACAACUCAACCUCGUCCCCAGGUUUUCUCGGUUAACGGUGCCUUAACCUACGAAAACGCUGCAUUUUUGACGUCAUUUCCUCGUUAAAGUCAAAUUUCUUCCAAAUUUGGUCAUCAGUAACUGGUUAUGGUGAAUUAAACAUGUGCUUUUAGCCAAUCAGAAUCGGGGAAAUAUUUUGAAUGAAUAAUAAUUAAGGUUAAGCCUCAUCGCUCUUAACUAUCUCGUGGUCAGCCUGUGUAAUUGUACUUUCUAGGAUCGUAUCAUGCCUUUGAGGUUAUCGUUGACCCCAGGAAAAAAAAGGCUCAAUUUUUAAUAUGAGAAUUUAUUUGUUUUGUCUAACUUAGAAAUAAUAUGCAACUUUGAUGUUUCAAUGUACGGUUUUGUGCAAGGCAUUAAUGACAAGUUUGACUGGACUCGACACAAUGGAAGCACACCCUCUAGUGGUACAGGACCUUCUUUUGAUCACACCACUGGAAACUUGACCGGUGAGCUCUAA